CUCCGGCUCACUCUCCCCGGCGGCCGCACUUCCGACGCGGCGUGGGGCGGGCGCAGGAGAGCGGGACCCUGGACCACGUCCCCCGCCCCGGGGACCUCUGGAGUUGGCGCUCGUGCAACUGUUGCCACUUUGCGACUCGGGGCUCCGGCGCUGGAGCCGCCUCCUUCGUCCCCGCCGCCCGGAAAGCAAAGCUCCGGGCUGCCCUCCGCCCUCCCGCGCCCACCGGCCGCCGCCGCCGCCCGGGAGCGGCCCGGCGCGCACUCGGCGACAUGAGACUCGGGACUUGCCUGGCGACUUUGGCCGGACUUUUGCUAACUGUGGCGGGGGAGACGUUUUCAGGGGGCUGCCUCUUUGAUGAGCCAUAUACUAUGUGUGGAUACAGUCAAGCUGAUGAUGACGACUUCAACUGGGAACAGGUGAACACCCUGACCAAGCCAACUUCUGACCCAUGGAUGCCGUCAGGCUCUUUCAUGAUGGUGAACACAUCUGGGAGACCUGAGGGACAGAGAACCCAUCUCCUCUUACCUCAGCUUAAAGAAAACGACACCCAUUGUAUUGAUUUUCACUAUUUUGUAUCCAGUAAGAGUAAUUCUGUUCCUGGCUUACUCAAUGUCUAUGUGAAAGUCAAUAAUGGGCCUUUGGGGAAUUCUAUCUGGAAUAUAUCUGGAGACCCAAACCGUACAUGGAACAGGGCAGAACUGGCUAUUAGCACCUUCUGGCCCAACUUUUACCAGGUAAUUUUUGAAGUGAUAACUUCAGGACAUCAAGGCUACAUCGCUAUUGAUGAAGUGAAGGUGUUAGGACAUCCAUGUACCAGAACUCCCCACUUCCUGCGGAUUCAGAAUGUGGAAGUCAAUGCCGGCCAGUUCGCCACCUUCCAGUGCAGUGCUAUUGGCAGGACCGUGGCCAGUGACAGCCUCUGGCUACAGGGCAUUGAUGUCCGAGAUACUCCUCUGAAAGAAACCAAGGUGACUAAUUCCCGAAGGUUCAUAGCUUCAUUUAACAUUGUCAACACAACAAAGCGAGACGCUGGGAAGUAUCGCUGCAUGAUUCGCACUGAAGGAGGCGUUGGGAUAUCAAACUAUGCAGAGCUGGUAGUUAAAGAACCCCCUGUCCCCAUCGCCCCACCUCAGCUCGCCUCUGUGGGGGCAACCUAUCUGUGGAUACAACUCAACGCCAACUCCAUCAAUGGGGAUGGGCCCAUCGUGGCCCGGGAGGUGGAAUACUGCACCGCCAGUGGGAGCUGGAAUGACCGGCAGCCGGUGGACUCCACAAGUUAUAAAAUUGGACACCUUGACCCAGACACGGAGUAUGAGAUCAGUGUGCUCCUAACCAGGCCAGGGGAAGGUGGCACUGGCUCCCCAGGGCCUGCUCUCAGAACCAGAACAAAGUGUGCUGAUCCCAUGCGUGGCCCAAGAAAACUGGAAGUAGUGGAAGUCAAGUCCCGACAAAUUACUAUUCGCUGGGAACCAUUUGGGUAUAAUGUAACUCGUUGCCACAGUUACAACCUCACAGUGCAUUACUGCUACCAAGUUGGAGGUCAGGAACAAGUUCGAGAAGAAGUGAGUUGGGAUACAGACAGUUCACACCCUCAACAUACCAUCACUAACCUCUCACCAUAUACCAACGUGAGCGUGAAACUCAUUCUGAUGAAUCCUGAGGGACGGAAGGAAAGCCGAGAGCUCAUUGUCCAGACAGAUGAAGAUUUACCAGGUGCUGUUCCUACUGAAUCUAUCCAAGGAAGUACCUUUGAAGAGAAGAUAUUUCUUCAGUGGCGAGAACCAAUUCAGACAUAUGGUAUCAUCACUUUGUACGAGAUCACCUACAAAGCAGUCAGUUCUUUUGACCCAGAAAUAGAUUUGUCAAAUCAAAGUGGAAGAGUUUCAAAAUUAGGGAAUGAAACCCACUUUUUGUUUUUUGGACUGUAUCCGGGGACCACAUACUCCUUCACCAUCCGAGCUAGCACAGCUAAAGGAUUUGGACCUCCAGCAACAAAUCAAUUCACCACCAAAAUAUCAGCACCCUCUAUGCCAGUCUAUGAACUCGAGGCCCCUCUGAAUCAGACUGACAAUACAGUGACGGUCCUGCUGAAGCCUGCACACAGCAGAGGCGCACCUGUCAGUGUCUACCAAAUAGUUGUUGAGGAAGAACGCCCUCGGAGAACUAAAAAGACAACAGAAAUUCUAAAGUGCUACCCAGUCCCGAUUCACUUUCAGAAUGCUUCAGUGCUGAACUCACAGUACUACUUUGCUGCAGAAUUCCCAGCAAACAGCCUCCAAGCUGCUCAGCCAUUUACUAUUGGUGAUAAUAAGACUUACAGUGGAUACUGGAACACACCCCUUCUCCCUCAUAAGAGCUACAGAAUUUAUUUCCAAGCUGCUAGUAGAGCCAAUGGGGAAACCAAAAUAGACUGUGUCCGAGUGGCCACAAAAGCUGCGAUAAUCGUGACUCAGCUUACAACACCUUACAUUCGCAUCGCCCCCGCUGCAGGCGACGACCAGCUGACAGGAGCUGCCACUCCAAAACCAGUCCCAGAACCCGAGAAACAAACAGACCACACAGUCAAAAUCGCUGGAGUCAUUGCUGGCAUCUUGCUGUUCGUUAUUAUUUUUCUUGGAGUUGUGCUGGUCAUGAAGAAAAGGAAACUAGCCAAGAAGCGGAAGGAGACUAUGAGCAGCACCCGGCAAGAGAUGACUGUGAUGGUGAACUCCAUGGACAAGAGCUACGCUGAGCAAGGCACGAGCUGCGACGAAGCCUUCUCGUUCAUGGACACGCACAAUCUGAAUGGGAGAUCAGUGUCAUCACCCUCAUCCUUUACAAUGAAAACAAAUACACUGAGCACGUCGGUGCCUAAUUCCUAUUACCCAGACCCAUUUGUGCCAACUGCAAUUUUAGACGAAACCCACACAAUGGCCAGUGACACCAGCAGCUUGGUGCAGUCCCACACUUACAAGAAACGAGAGCCGGCUGAUGUGCCCUACCAGACCGGGCAACUUCACCCCGCCAUCCGGGUAGCUGACCUGCUUCAACACAUCACGCAGAUGAAGUGUGCAGAGGGCUACGGCUUCAAGGAGGAAUAUGAGAGUUUCUUUGAAGGGCAGUCUGCACCGUGGGACUCUGCUAAGAAGGAUGAGAACAGAAUGAAGAACAGAUACGGGAACAUCAUUGCGUAUGAUCAUUCCCGGGUGAGACUGCAGACCCUAGAAGGAGACACCAAUUCCGACUAUAUCAAUGGAAAUUAUAUUGAUGGCUAUCAUCGACCCAAUCAUUAUAUUGCUACCCAAGGACCCAUGCAAGAGACCAUUUAUGACUUCUGGAGGAUGGUGUGGCAUGAAAACACAGCGAGCAUAGUCAUGGUGACCAACCUUGUGGAAGUCGGGAGGGUCAAAUGCUGCAAGUACUGGCCAGAUGACACCGAGAUCUAUAAAGACAUUAAAGUUACCCUGAUAGAAACAGAACUACUGGCAGAAUAUGUGAUCAGAACAUUUGCUGUGGAAAAGGGAGGGGCCGGAAAUGAAGCACACUGCAGUCCAUCCAGAGAAGUGUCACAGAGAGGCGUCCAUGAAAUCCGAGAAAUCAGACAGUUUCACUUCACCGGCUGGCCGGAUCACGGGGUCCCCUACCACGCCACGGGGCUGUUGGGUUUCGUCCGGCAGGUCAAAUCCAAGAGCCCACCCAACGCAGGCCCACUGGUGGUGCACUGCAGUGCUGGUGCGGGGAGGACCGGCUGCUUCAUCGUCAUCGACAUCAUGUUGGACAUGGCGGAAAGGGAAGGGGUGGUGGACAUCUAUAACUGUGUCCGGGAACUGCGCUCGCGGAGAGUGAACAUGGUGCAGACGGAGGAGCAGUAUGUGUUUAUCCAUGAUGCCAUCCUGGAAGCCUGUCUCUGUGGAGACACCUCUGUGCCUGCUUCGCAAGUUAGGUCCCUGUAUUACGACAUGAACAAAUUGGACCCCCAGACAAACUCGAGCCAGAUUAAAGAAGAAUUCCGGACUCUGAACAUGGUGACGCCCACCCUACGUGUGGAAGACUGCAGCAUCGCGCUUCUGCCCCGAAACCAUGAGAAAAACCGGUGUAUGGACAUCCUGCCCCCGGACCGCUGUCUGCCCUUCCUCAUCACCAUCGAUGGGGAGAGUAGUAACUACAUCAAUGCUGCCCUCAUGGAUAGCUAUAAACAGCCUUCAGCUUUUAUAGUCACACAGCAUCCUUUGCCAAACACAGUCAAAGAUUUCUGGAGACUGGUCCUGGAUUACCACUGCACAUCUGUAGUUAUGCUCAACGAUGUGGAUCCCGCUCAGUUGUGUCCUCAGUACUGGCCAGAGAACGGAGUACACAGACAUGGCCCCAUCCAGGUGGAGUUUGUUUCUGCUGAUUUAGAAGAGGAUAUCAUCAGCAGGAUAUUCCGCAUCUACAAUGCAGCCAGGCCCCAAGAUGGAUAUCGGAUGGUGCAGCAGUUCCAGUUCCUGGGCUGGCCGAUGUACCGGGACACCCCAGUGUCCAAGCGCUCCUUCUUGAAGCUCAUUCGCCAAGUGGACAAAUGGCAGGAAGAAUACAACGGUGGUGAAGGCCGCACCGUCGUGCACUGCUUGAACGGGGGAGGCCGCAGUGGGACGUUCUGUGCCAUCAGCAUUGUAUGUGAGAUGCUCCGGCACCAGAGGACGGUUGAUGUCUUCCAUGCUGUGAAGACUCUGAGGAACAAUAAGCCCAACAUGGUGGACCUCCUGGAUCAAUACAAGUUCUGUUAUGAGGUAGCCCUGGAAUACUUGAACUCUGGCUGAUGACAUAAACAGCUCUGCAAACAAACCCUUUUCAUCCCACAAAGCCAAGAUGUUCCAUGGUAUUUGUGUAGAUGAGAUGAAGACUUCUCAAUAUGCUUAUUCUGCUUUGCAUAAUUGGCUCUUUUUAAGAGCCCAAGAAAGUGUUUAUAAAAACUGCUUGCGCUGCCCAAUUCCCAGUAAUGCUGCUGCCUGACAGAAACACCUACAGCAUACAGUUGUCAGAUACUGUCCACCUGACAUCAGCUCCUUUGAGCAGCGUAGACAUCUGGUAAACUGAAGAGCACAAUUAUAUUCUUAUGAAGGAAUUUGUACUUCUGGGGUAUUAUUUUGUGGCCCGUGAACCUUUGUUACUGUUAAAGCUGAGUGUACAUUUUUGUUCUGUGGAGAAUGCUACCUGGCAUUAUGAUAAUAUAUUAUUUUAGUUAAUAUUUGUAUUUUAACAUGUUGCAUAAUAUAAGCUUAUGUAGCUUUCCGAGACUAACAGAUAAACAUAUAAUGAACAAAGACAUGUUGUAUGAGUUGUUGUUUCUACCGGAUUUGUAUUGUUUCCAAGGGAAAAGCUUGGGAGGCAUUCAGUUCAAAAAUGCAAAAAGCCCAAUGAUCAGAUUCACAGAUCCAAAGCUUUUCCAUUGUUUAUAUUGUAAAUAUUUUUGAUUUCAUCAAAUUAUUUAUUCAUUAAAAGAAAUUUUUGUGAA